CUGCCGCACAGCCUGGCGCUGGCCGAGCUGCAGGCCACGGACCUGGGCUCCCGCCACGGCGCAGCCCUCCGACUCCCAGAUCUCUUGUCCCUGGGACCCGGUUCUGAUUGGACCUGUCUCCUGGGCCAGGGUCUUGGCCCUUUCUGAUUGGACCCAUUUCCCUGACCCGGCUGGUUCUGGAAGGACGGUCUCCUGGGCCAGGGUUUCAACCGGCUCCGAUUGGACCUGUCUCCUGGACUCGUAGCACAGCUAGUUCUGAUUGGACCCAUUUUCCUGACUCGCCUGGGUCUGGAAGGCUACAUCUCGGCUUCAGCCUUUACCUGUUCUGAUUGGACCUGUCUCCUGGACCCACCUGGUUCUGAAAAGACCCAUCUUCUGGGCCUAGGUCUUGGCCGGUUCUGACUGGACCCAUUUUCCAGAGCCACCACCCAGCUGGUUCUGAUUGGACCUUUCUCUUGGACCCACUCACUGACUGGUUCUGAUAGGAUCCGUCUCCUGGACCCACCUGGUUCUGUAUGGGCCCACCUUGGCCGGGUCUGAUCCGACAAGAUUCCUGGACCCAGUUCUAGAAGAUCCUGGAUUUGUCUCUUGGCUGGUUCUGAUUGGACCCCUCUCCCAGGCCAUCUGCCGGUCUCUUCUGAUUGGACCCUUCUCCUGAACUGGUAGCCCAGCCGGUUCCAAUUGGACCCAUCUCCUGGCCCCACCAGGGUCCCGGUAAGGCACCACCCCCUCCCACCAGGCCCCACCUCUGUGGCUUCAUCCGACCCCUCCUGACCCCACCCAGAACUGCCCCCCAGACCAACCCCCACCCCAGACUCAGCUGCUCCCAGUGGGCCUGGCCAGCCCCACGUGGGCUCCAUCUGUCUCUCUGCCUACGGAGCUCUGGAGAAGACCCCUGGCAAGGACUCUUCCAUUGGUCGUGUUGGUCAUCUGUCCAUUCAACCCAAAGUCCAUCCAUCCACCCACUCCAACUGGUGUCUCUCCAAAGGUCUUCAGCGUCCCGGCAAGGACUCAUACAUUGGUCGUGUUGGUCAUCCAUCCACCUAUCCACCCACCCACUCAACUGGUGUCUCUCCAAAGAUCUCCAACAUCCCAGCAAGGACUCUUCCAUUGGUCUCAUUGGUCAUCCAUCCACCCAUCCAACUGGUGUCUCUCCACAGAAGACCUCCAGCAUCCCAGCAAAGACUCUUCCUUGGUCCUAUUGGUCUUCCAUCUGCCCAACCCAACAUCCAUCCCUGCCUCGUGUCUCCGUGAAGACUUCCAGCUCCCCAACAAAAACUCUCCCAUUGGUUGAUUGGCCACCUCCUGUCCCCCAGUGAUGGCAUCGGCAGGGCUGGAGCUCUUGGCCAUGAGCUUGGCCAUCCUUGGCUGGCUGGGAGCCAUCAUUGCCUGUGCCCUGCCCAUGUGGAAGGUGACGGCCUUCAUCGGCAACAACAUUGUGGUGGCCCAGAUCAUCUGGGAGGGGCUGUGGAUGAACUGCAUUGUGCAGAGCACGGGGCAGAUGCAGUGCAAGGUUUACGACUCCAUGCUGGCACUGCCCCAGGACCUCCAGGCCGCUCGUGCCCUCAUGGUGGUGUCUGUGCUCCUGGCUGUGGCUGCCCUCCUAAUUGGCAUCAUGGGGGCCCAGUGUACCAACUGCGUGGAGGAUGAGGUCUACAAGGCCCGGGUGAUCAUCGUGGCAGGCGCCCUCUUCGUCACCUCAGGCCUCCUCUGCCUCAUCCCGGCCUGUUGGUCAGCCAACUCUAUCAUCCAGGACUUCUACAACCCCCUCGUGGCUGAUGCGCUGAAGCGGGAGCUGGGCGCUGCCCUCUAUCUGGGCUGGGCGGCCGCCGCCCUCCUGAUCCUGGGUGGGGCGCUGCUGUGCUGCUCCUGCCCCCCGCGCCGUGAGCGGUACCCACCCCGCCUGGGCUACAGUGGCCCCAGCCGGUCAGGGGCCAGCGGUGGGGGGGAUAAGAGGGACUAUGUGUGAGGGCCGGGGUAGGGGGUGAAGGGGAAGGGGCAGGAUGGGGAAGGAGUGGAGAGGAUGGAUGGAUGGAUGGAUGGAUGGAUGGAUGGGUGAGUGAGCGAGCAAGCGAGUGUAAAAGAAAAAGGAUGGAGUGUGGAUGGAUGGAGGGAUGAGUCCUGGGAUGUAUGGAUGGAUGUCUAUGGGGAUGGAUGGAUGGACAGAUGGAGAGGUGCCUAUGGAAAUGGAUGAAGGGAUGGAUGGAGGGAUGGACAAAUAGAUGGGGGGAUGUGCAGAUGAAUAGAUGGAAGGAGGCAGGGAGGUAUGUCCAUGGGGAUGGAUGGAUGGAUGGAUGGAUGGAUGGAUGGAUGGAUGGAGGAGUGAAGGAGAGACUGACCAGAUGGACAGAUGUUUGGGUGGAUGGACAGAGGGAAGGCGGAUCGGUGAGUGAGCAGCAAAAAGAACGUGUGGAUGGGCGUGUGGGUGGGCGGCCAAAUGAACGAGCGAGUGGAGAAAUGGCUGCCUGGAUGAGGAGACCUGGGGGUGAGUUGAUGGAGACACAAGGGGGUCAGUGAACGCAUGAGAAGAGGGAGGGAUGGAUGGAGGGAUGGAUCAGUGAGUGGAGC